UUUAGGCCCCGCCCCCUUUCCUUGCUUCCAAGUUUUUUAAUGGGAGGGGGCGUUCUUUCUUCCCAUUGGCUGGGAGAGAGCAGCCUGAAAUACAGCCAGCUGAGCAACAGAUACAGAUCUUCGUCCUACUCUGAAAACUUAAGUGCUAUCUGAUGAUGAUUUCUUUUUCUUGCUAUGGAAGAAGAGCACUACAACAGAAGCUUGCAGUUCAUUAACUCAACGUUAUGACUAGAGUGAUUGGGACACUUGGGGAAAAGCACAUCUUCAUAUCCCAGUAGUAGUGCGAAUUUUUUCUGCUCAUAAUGCAACUAGAUGGAAGAAAAUGUUUUUUUAAACAUGUGUGAAGGCCGUUCAUUUCAUGUUCGUUACAGAAUGGAAGCUUCUUGCCUGGAGCUUGCUUUGGAAGGAGAACGGUUGUGUAAAGCAGGAGACUGUCGAGCUGGUGUAUCCUUCUUCGAAGCUGCAGUUCAGGUUGGAACUGAAGACUUAAAAACUCUCAGUGCAAUUUACAGCCAGCUGGGCAAUGCGUACUUCUACUUGCAUGAAUAUGCAAAAGCUUUGGAAUAUCACCACCAUGAUUUAACCCUUGCAAGGACCAUAGGAGACCAACUAGGAGAAGCUAAAGCAAGUGGGAAUUUAGGAAAUACCUUAAAAGUCCUUGGAAAUUACGAAGAAGCAAUUGUCUGCUGUCAAAGACACCUUGACAUUUCCAGAGAUCUAAGUGACAAGGUUGGAGAAGCAAGAGCACUUUACAACCUUGGAAACGUGUAUCACUCCAAGGGUAAAAGUGUAGCUUGUGCAGGUACGCAUGAUCCAGGAGAGUUUCCUGAAGAUGUUAAAGCUGCAUUGCGGAAAGCUGCAGAGUAUUAUGAGGAGAACUUGAAAAUAGUGACAGAACUGGGUGAUAGAGCUGCCCAGGGUCGUGCUUAUGGAAACCUGGGUAAUACUCACUAUCUUCUGGGGAACUUCAGGAGUGCUGUCAUUGCCCAUGAACAGCGACUUUUAAUUGCGAAAGAAUUUGGUGAUAGAGCUGCAGAAAGACGAGCCUACAGUAAUCUUGGAAAUGCUUAUAUUUUCCUUGGUGAAUUUGAAACUGCUGCUGAAUACUACAAGAAGACACUGCAGCUUGCCAGGCAGCUUUCAGACAGAGCUGUAGAAGCGCAGGCUUGUUAUAGUCUUGGAAAUACAUACACCUUACUUCAGGACUAUGAAAAAGCCAUUGAUUAUCAUCUGAAGCACUUGGCAAUUGCUGAAGAACUGAAUGAUAGAAUCGGUGAAGGAAGAGCAUGCUGGAGUUUAGGGAAUGCAUACACAGCCCUGGGGAACCAUGAUCAAGCUAUGCAUUAUGCAGAAAAACACUUAGAUAUUUCAAGGGAGGUGGGAGAUAAAGCUGGAGAACUAACAGCUAAGCUUAACCUCUCAGAUCUCCAGAUGGUGCUUGGUCUAAGCUUUAGCACAAACAAUUCAGUGAUGACAGAAAAUAAUUUUCCAGAUAAUAGCUUCUGUGGCACUAGACCACGGGUAGGACGUCGCCACAGUAUGGAAAACAUGGAGCUUAUGAAGCUAACACCCGAGAAGGUUCAGGACUGGAACAGUGAAAUAUUGGCCAAACAAAAACAACUAGUUUCCAAACCUUCAGCAAAACUACACUUUGUAAAUCGAUUAAAAGGGAAAAAAUACAAAAACAUCACUUCAAAGGUUCUUCAGGAUGCUAGUAAUUCUAUUGAUCAUCGACUAAGUUCGCAAAAGAAAAGUAACUCUGAUGUGCCUGGAGAUGAAGGGUUUUUUGACUUGCUAAGCCGAUUUCAGAGCAACCGAAUGGAUGAUCAGCGGUAUUGUUUCCAAGACAGGAACAGACUAACAGCAACAGUGUCCUCCACACCAUCCAGAACAAUGAAAAAAUCCUUUUCGAUUUCGGUGGUCUCACCCCACACGGAUGAAUUUCUAGAUCUACUUGUUAGCUCUCAGAGUAGACGUCUAGAUGAUCAGCGAGCCAGUGCCAGCAACUUGCCAGGACUUCGUCUUAAUCAACAUAACAGUCAAUCUGUCCUUGGCCGAUUGAUGUCUAGCAGCAACAGUGAACCAGAUGAUGACUUCUUUGACAUCCUAGUAAAAUGCCAGAAUAAAAUGGACAUGAGGGUCACUGAAAUAGAAUGUGACCAGGGUUCUAGACUGGAUGAUCAGAGGUGUGCACCGCCACCAAACAUCAUAAAAGGACCAACUGUACCUGAUGAUGAUUUCUUUAGCCUUAUUUUGAGAUCACAGGGGAAAAGAAUGGAUGAACAGAGAGUGCUUCUACCCUCUGGUUUGAAGAGGCCAAAUUCUACCUAAUGGACCUGGAAACCUUCUCAGAAAGAACAACAGAAAUAUCAAGGGAUUAUGCAGUACUGUAAUAAUUUUUCAUAUGCAGGAAACAAUGCCUUUAAGGGAAAAAAGAAACUGGGAUAUUUAGAAUACUAUGUAAAUUUACAUAGCUUAUGGUACAGUUAUCGCUGCCAGUGCUUAAAAUCAGGUGUUUAAUGUUUGUAAAGAGUCAACUGUAUAGUGUAUUGUCCUGUGUCUCUCUCUCUCUCCUUUUAUCUCUUUUUUCUGUAAAUAUACUUAACUUUGUUUCUUUAUGGCGGUAGCGCUUCAGGUACUUUUAUCACAAGCUUGUGAAAGCUUUCCUGCUGAAAUUAUGUAAUUAAUAAAACUGUAGAAUUAGCUUCCAGGUUUUUCUAUCUUUUUGCAGAGGAUAAAACUUCUACAGUUAACAGUAUUGCUUUUUUUAAAAAAAGAAGAAAAAUAAAUCUUAAUACUGUUUAAACCUGUUUUCUGCGUGUCCAGUUAUUAUGCUGAUGGAAACUGAAAGAUGCCAAUUCAGUUCACAUUAUGGAAGGUGGAUUGCAGUCUUCAUCCAGCCCAUAAUGUACCUUUCCAUUAAUAAGAAUCCUAAAUGGGGUUGAUAAACACCAGUGGUGUUUUUUUUUAAAAGAAAUAAUGUAUUUGUUUCAUUUUUAAAAAUUAAUAUUCAUAUUUUGGACCUAGGCUGUUUUUUUAAAACUACAAUUUGUAAUAUAACAGCAGUUUACAGGGAUGGAAGAUUAUCUUUCUGGUCCUAUUCUGCAAGUGGUGAUGUGUAAGAAUUAUGUACUUGCUGCAUCUCAAAUAUGCCUUGGAUUUCUGUGAGUGCAAAGAUAAGAGAAUUUGGGGAGAUGGAGUAAAUCUGAACAAAAAGUUUGAAUAUAAAUAUGAGGGACCCCAGGUUGGGAUGACCUGAAAAUUGAUCUGGAAAAAAAGAUAAGGUCUUAUGAUGAAACUACAUCUUUGGAUAUGUAUUGUUACAAUAAUAAUGCUUUUACUAAAAAUGGUGAUUAAAUUAAAUCUUAUUAAUGAUUUAAAUUCGUGAUUUAAAUAAAACAGGUUCAACAAAAGUGAUU